AUGUCCCUGCCCCGGAGCUCGGUCCUCUCGCUUUUCCACCCGCUGUUCCGCCUCCCGCUGCUCCUCCUGCUGCUCCUCUGUGCGGGGGUCCAGGUCUCUUCAGCUUCUGGACGCUUUGAGCUUCACAUUCUGUCGAUGCAGAAUGUAGGCGGGCGCCUGCAGAGCGGCGCCUGCUGCGAUGGAGCCCCGGACAUGACGGAGGAGCGUUGCACGGUGGACGGAUGUGACACCUCCUUCCGGGUGUGUCUGAAGGAGUUCCAGCUGAAGGUGUCCUCGGGGCCCUGCAGCUUCGGCAUCGCCUCCACGCCCGUGCUCGGUGGGAAUAGCUUUUCAUUGCCCAACACCAAGCGUGACAAGUCCAGGAUCGUGUUGCCGUUCAGCUUUGCGUGGCCGAGGUCUUACACGUUGAUAGUGGAAGCUUUGGACUUCAACAAUGACUCGUCCUCUAAUGCGAUCGAGAGGGCCGUCCACUCGGGGAUGAUCAGCCCGAGCCGUCAGUGGCAGGACCUGAACCAUAACGGCCCAGUGGCUCAGUUCCGCUUCCAGGUCCGCCUCAGCUGCGACGAGCACUACUUCGGCUUCGGCUGCAACAAGUUCUGCCGGCCACGAGACGACUUCUUCGGACACUUUGAGUGUGACCACAACGGCAACAAGACGUGCCUGGAGGGCUGGUCCGGUCCAGACUGUAACACAGCGAUGUGUCGACUCGGCUGCAGCACAGACCACGGCUCGUGUAAAGCUCCUGGAGAGUGCAGCUGUGUGGAGCCGUGGCAAUGUCUGUGUGACACCAACUAUGGAGGACAGCUGUGUGACAAAGAUCUGAACAUGUGUGGGACAUGGCAGCCAUGUUUGAAUGAAGGAACCUGCAGUAACACGGGACCGGAUAAAUACCACUGCUCCUGUCCCGACGGAUUCUCCGGGGUCAACUGUCAAAGCGCCGACAACGCCUGUCUGUCCAACCCCUGUGUGAAUGCGGGCCGCUGUGUGGAAACUAGUCAGGGGUUCGAGUGUCGCUGUUCCCCAGGCUGGACCGGACCCUCCUGCUCCAUCAAUGUGGACGAAUGUCUGGUGAACCCCUGCGGUCAUGGAGGAACGUGUCAGGACCUGGUCAAUGGUUUGAAGUGCAUCUGUCCUCCUCAGUGGGUGGGAAAGACCUGCCUCAUAGAUGCCAACGAGUGCAACGACGACCCCUGUGUCAACGCCAACUCCUGUCGGAAUCUGAUUGGCGGAUACUUCUGCGAGUGUGUCCUCGGUUGGACGGGUCAGAACUGCGAUAUGAUGAUUGACAGCUGCACUGUGGCAGUGGCAUCCAACAGCACACCGAGUGGGGUGCGCUUGAUUUUGUCCAACGUGUGCGGCCCACACGGGCGGUGUCGGAGCCACGUGGGCGGACAGUUAAGCUGCGAGUGUGAGGGCGGCUUCACGGGCACGUACUGUCACGAGAACAUUAAUGACUGUGAGAGCGCCCCCUGUCUGAACGGAGGCACCUGCAUGGAUCAGAUCAGUCGGUAUCAGUGCGUCUGUGCUGACGGCUGGGAGGGCGCCACCUGCCGGCACGACGUGGACGACUGCAGCUCAGAUCCGUGUCUCAACUCCGGCGUCUGUCGGGACCUCGUCCAUGACUUCUACUGCCACUGUCCCAGCGGCUGGAAGGGGAAGACCUGUCACUCAAGAGAAGGUCAGUGUGACGAGUCGACCUGUAACAACGGAGGAACUUGUUACGAUGAAGGCGACGCCUUCCGGUGUGUUUGUGCUGUCGGCUGGGACGGAGACACGUGUAACAUCGCAAAGAAUGGCAGCUGCCUGUCACGUCCCUGUGAGAACGGAGGCACCUGCGUGGUGGACGGAGACGUCUUAAACUGCGUCUGUAAGGAAGGCUGGGAGGGCGCCACCUGCAGCCACAACGUCAACGAGUGCCAGUCGUCACCCUGCGGCCUCGGUGCCGCCUGCGUGGAUGCAAUCAACGGUUACCGCUGCAUGUGUCCACCAGGGAGCAGCGGUGCCCACUGCCAGGAAGUGAUGGGGGGGUCUUGUGUGGUCGGUGGGCUGGUGGCUCUGGAUGGAAGCACAUGGGAUGAAGACUGCAACACCUGCCGCUGCCACAAGGGGAGAAUCACCUGCUCUGAGCUUUGGUGCGGACCGAAACUUUGUAGCUUCCAGGGUCCGACUCACGGCUCAGAGUGUCCGGCCGGUCAGACCUGCAUCGCCGUCCCGGACGAGCGCUGCUUUGUCCAGCCCUGCCGCAGCCAGGGGGAGUGCUGGAGCCCCACCCUCAGGGCCCCGCCCACAGCCAAGUGUCGCCCAGAGAGCAGCUGCACUAACGUCACCUUCUCCUUCAACAAGGACGUCAUGGCAAAGGGUGUGGCGGUGGAGCGGGUUUGCCGAGAGCUCAGGACCCUCUAUGUUGUACAGAACCUAUCGUCGGACUCUUCAAUCUCUAUGACCUGCGAGACCUCGCUCAGCACCAGCAACGAGAUCCAUGUUGUCAUCUCGCCAGACAACCAGGGCGGAGGUAUGACAUUCGUCAGGGAGAUCACCGACAGGAUCAUGGAUCUGGUCAGCAAGAGGAAGGCCAACAGCAGCAUCAUCGGCGCCAUCGCAGAGGUCCGCGUGCAGCGACGACAGAGCCGCCCCAAUGACCUGCUGGUGCCCUUGCUGGUCUCAGUGGCGAUCGCCAUCUGGGUGUUGUCGGUUGCUUCGAUGUUGCAAUGGAGCUUGAAAAGGCGGAGGAAGCAGAGCGUCCACUUUGAGGUCAGUACCCAGGCCUCGUCAACUCCGGCAGCCGCAGCGGAGGAAAACAACGCCCUCAACAACAGCGUCAGCGCCGCCCACGACCAGCUCAACCACAUCAAAAACCUCAUUGAGAUAAACCCACCAAACCACCAUCACCACCUCCACAAGGACCAGAACUCCAUUAACGCCAAGUUCAGGAAGUCAGACACCGGGAGCCAAUCAGGCAAUGACGAGGUGGACAAUAGGCUGCAGAAGGGACGGUUCCCCCGGGCGCCACCAGCGUACUUGCUGGUAGACUGGGAGGAAAGCCCCCCCAAUCUUCCUACAGGCUCAAAACUCUGGACGUACAAAAAGGACAACUUGCAGCUGCAGUCGCAGAGCGUCAGCAGGGUGGAGCUUAUCGUUUAA